AUGUAUCACGAGCGAGUGCUCCUGUGGUUUGUAGAUGGCCUGACGUGGUUGGUGCUCACCCCAGACUUUGACAUGUAUGUUGAGGAUGUCUUUGGUCAUGAUGACGCAGGGUGUGAUUACUUAAAGAUGUGGAAUGCCGACUUUCAGUAUUGGUCGCGAGUGGGCGAGGCAGCUUACCGCUUCAGCCGUGACAUCUCUGACGAGGAGCUAAACAGAAAGAUCGCUGAGUCCAUUGAGGCUUUUGGCGAAACAGUUCGCAAGACGGGAGCUUGGAGGCCUACGGGGAUUUUUUUGAGAGAUGGAAGCACACAGGAUGCCACAUCAUUCUUGGGGACGCCUUGGCAGGGAGACUCCUUCGGGGCAAAGGUCCGUCCAACAGAGACACCAUCAAUGCGGGUGGACAUGUUAGCCAUGCCGGGCGAAAGCGAGCCUUUGGGAAAUCUCGUCCUGGUCCAAGAGGUGAGUCUGAACAUGGUCACCGAUGUUCAGGUGGGUGAUCGGCUCGUUUUCUUCAGCCGAGGUGGAGAGCGUGUUAAAGCGGAGUUGGUUCGAACUGAAGACAGUGAGGACUAUGCUUUGAGAAGGCGUGCGCUGUUCAAAUAUCCGACUUCCCCGGCUUCUGAGGGCCCAGCUGGGACAAGGCUUCUGGAUCAGAUCGAGCAGCCGACCAAGAAAGGCGCAGUGGACGAAAAGUGCGAGGAAGCGCGGACCCUUUGGGAAGGUUAUGAUGAGUCAAUGAUGAGCAGGGAGAAAGAUAAAAGACGUGGAAGGACGUUUGUAAAGAAAGCUACACCCCCAUCUUUGAUGAGAAGAGAAAAGAUGGGCUGCUCGCAACGCUACAUGUUUUAA